AUGGCCAACUUGCAGAGAGCGGUCAAUGACGCCUACAAUACGCUGCACACGCAGACGGAGUGCGCGUGUCCAGUCUCGAAGGCUCAUGCCAACUUGUGCGCCGGGCGCGCGGGCGGUGGCCAAGGAUGGCUCUGGGGGAAGUUCGCAGCUGUCUCGACGACGAGCGAGGUCACAGAGCUCUUUGUUGGUUCCGACAAGAAAGCUGCCACGUUCUACAUCGACAAGUACCGAGGGGAGAUCAGUACCAACUGGCGCCCGCUCAUCAAGGUCACUCCGCUUGAGAACUCUGAGGAGCCGCAUCUGGAGUUUGCUGCUGCGAAUUUCGUCACGGAUGGAAUCGGUCAGCAGGGGGUCGCCCCGCUGGUCCU